GAUUGGAGAGAGACAGGCCGAUCGGCUCAUGUCCUUCUGCCCUUCAACAUCAAAUAUCAACAUCAUUCCAUUCCCACUCGCUGCCCCAUUGUUCCUUAUUGAUCUAGCCGAUCGUUCGAAUGUUGGAAAACGCUUUCUCCAAAUGGGCAGCUGAGCAGUCACCCUUUGACCCCACAGACCCGGCUGGAAUUCAACAUUGUUUGUACUGCUUCGAUUCAUUGUAUUCCGAGUUAAACAACCAGAACACGCAUGGGAAACACGAAGACAAUCUGUUGAAUAACCUGGAGGAAAGCAUAGGUACCGAUGAAUUCCCUUUGUUCGUGACCUGGAAUAUCACCUCGAGUGGAACUAGACCCAAGCUCAGAGGCUGUAUCGGCAACUUCGCACCCAGUCCGUUGAAUGAAGGGUUAAAAGACUACGCGGUAAUUAGUGCUCUCAAGGAUCACCGUUUUUCCCCCAUCACGCUUACGGAUUUGAAGAGAUUAAGCUGUACAGUCUCCCUCUUACACACUUUCGAAGAUUGUGCAACAUUUACCGAUUGGACGAUUGGCCAGCACGGGAUCUACAUCCAUAUCCCCGACCCCAACCAACCGAUCACUAGCAACUCGCCCUCCGAGCCGAUCACCCCAUCUUCACAAGAUGCCGAGAAUUCUACCAGCCCCGAUGCCUUAGCGAGCGUAUUGUCCCAAGUCCAGGCCACGCCAUCGACCACUCGAACUUCUAGAAAUCGUCCAAGGUCUUGGGCCGGCCAUAAACGACGCCAAAUGAUGAGUGCGACUUACUUGCCCGACGUUGCUGGCGAGCAAGGAUGGACCAAGGUCGAGGCGAUCGAUUCUGCAAUAAGAAAAGCUGGAUGGAGAGGUCCUAUCACACCAGCACUGCGUAGCUCACUGAUCAUUGAAAGAUAUCAAUCUUCUAAAUACACCGCGACUUAUCAAGAUUGGAAAGAAUGGAGAGCGCGGUUAGGUUUGCCACUUUAAUCGAAUUAGGUCAAUGAGCGAGCGGAACAAAAAAAACGAAAGAAACAAAACCUUGCUUGUCCAAUUUCCCUCACCAUCUGUUUCUUUUAUUUGUGACAUUUGACGGACGACCUGAGCCCCUGUUGUAUUGUUUGUAUGUAUCAACUCAAAUCCCACCAAGAUUUUCAUUCUUCGGUAUGACUUCAUGACUACAUGUUAAACCGCUCGAUUGCGCCAAGAGAAGGUUUCCUUUUGGGCGUUUGCUUAAAUGCCCUGCUCUUGGCUUGCUUGAUUUAUGCAAAUCUUUUUGUGUCUUUACCAAUUGCCUCAUCCACCGCCAUGAGACUGGCACAUACUCGAAAAGUUUCUUCUUUUUUUGCCAUUCCAUCUUUAUUGUGUAGAUUGAUCAUCAUGAGUGAUUCGUUCGCAGGUGGUUGGGAGAUGUACAUACAUUGCUCAGAAUCAAUAGAUGAGUUCAUACGUAUCCAUAGCUUAUAUCAAAUUGUGCACUUCUUGAUCGACUGGAGGUAGAACCCUACGA